UACAGAUUCGUCAAAUGAAUCUGCGAAUGAGAACCUCUGAGCAGAGUUUAGUAAACGCGUGAAGAAGUGUUUUGCGGUACUUUUUCACGCCGUUCUCCGUAUGGCAGAAGCGUUUAUCCAUUGCAAGGGUGUAUAUGGGAUAAAGAAAGAACCAUUAGUUUGCUGACAUAAAACCCUGAGAUAGAGGGGUCGAAGAAGGCGGACGCUGCGGAAGAGCAUGCGCUUCUUGAACCAAUCGCAGCAUCGCUAUCUCACCCCUGAUGAACUCUUUUCGGCUGCAUGAAAUUCGCUACUGCGCACAUCAUAGUAUUAAAACGACGUAUUCUACGAGACAACCAUAAUUCGUGCAAAGAUGACUAUAAUCCGACAAAAUCGAACCGUUCGACAAUAAAGCAUUUCGAUAAUUUUCAUUGAAAUUCAGCGACUAAUUUAAUUCUUUAAAUGAUUAAAUAAUUUCUACGAGUGUAAUGAUAUUCAUUGAACACUACUGCACAUAAUACCUCGAAAUUUGAAUAGCGAAAACCAGACGGAAUUCGCAAGGAAGAGACUCUGUAAAUAAUCCUGAACGAUGAACAGGUGCGAACGAGUUGGCACAUCUACGAACCUCAUCUUUUAUUUCACCUCCUCAAAUAACACAGAGCUGAUAUAAAUCAAACAAAAUGCACUGGCAUUAAUUAAAAAUAUUUUACAGUCAUUUUGUACCAACAUCGUCGAUGUCCGAAGGACCUCGUUCAUUCGAAACAUAAAUUAUGAAGGAAACGACGUCCAAAAACCGUUUAGCGCGGAGUAGGCAUUCUAUCGAUUUAUCGCGGGAUACGAUAGCAAAAGCAACGUUAAACCAGUGUGAAUAAGCUUUUGACCCCUACUCCGAUCAGGUAACAGAAAACGAGUGGGGGUUACCGGUGCGAGAUGUUCCUCCAGUAUCUCUGGAUGACCUUCCCUCAGAAGCUGCUGGUGGGGAGGCUGGGAGGUCCUUCUGGACCACAGACACGUGCCACCUGUCAUACAUUUUCAAGUACUUGCUUUCGGAAGGUUGACAGGGAGAUUAGUGGCAGAUUAGAGCUUAAACGUGAGGGAAGAUUAGUCAGAUGCAAGCUCGAUGAACCUCGUGUCAUCUGUUCGUUAAAUAUUCUACGUAGUGUUCAAAGAUAUGAACAUAUUUGUGUAUAAAAUUUGGAACAUUACCAGUGGCGCGAAGAUACUUUGCAAGAAUUAGGUGUACGAGGUGUAAAAUAAUUUUAAACAAUGAUCGUGAAGUGCAACUCGUAAGAGGUGGAGUUUGAACAGAGUCCAAUGACAUUGUCGACGAUGGAGCUUUAUCAAAAUUACAGCAAGGUGAACGAAGAGAUGUACGAUCUUCGACGAGCGUCCAUGCAGCAAGAUAAAAAGAUUCAUAUUGUGGAUGACGCUUACGGACGAACGAGAGAAAAUCGUGAGAGAUUUGUGAAGUCACCGGGUAGUCAUCAGGACACGAUGGAAUAUGCGUCUGAUUCGAGCAAUGAAAGUUACAAGGACAAUCUCAGGAAGCAAGUUGAAAGAAAGAACUCUUCACCGGUUGCUGCCUCCAGUGCUUUUACCAUUGACAAUAUUCUUGGAAGACACGAGAAAAAGGAUAAUGAAGUAUCCUCUGGUUUGAACAGCUUCGAGGACAAAGAAGAGGAACCGGAAGAAAGGGACGAGAAAAUGGAUGGAAGUCAGUUUAUUAGACCCACUGCGAUGCCGGCUACACAUUCUGAUAUAAAUGCCAGUUUGUACGCUCCAACAGGACUAUCCUACUCUGAAGUGACACUUUCGGAUCCUUCGGGAUAUUCAGCGACGUCACUAGCUUCUGCAUCCCUUUUAUACAACAGUUGGUUCGCUCAAACGAAACCUGGCCAAUUGUUUGGAUUACAAGCACCCAAACCGAGUGGAAGACGGUCCAGGAAGCCGGGGAUCGAUCGAAAACCACGACAGGCAUACAGUGCGAAACAGCUGGAAAGGCUGGAAUCAGAAUUUAAGAUCGACAAGUAUCUGAGUGUAAGCAAACGAAUGGAGCUAUCAAAAUCGCUAAACUUAACCGAGGUACAAAUCAAAACAUGGUUCCAAAACAGGCGCACCAAAUGGAAGAAACAACUUACCUCAAGAUUGAAGAUAGCCCAGAGACAAGGGUUGUUUCCACCCACGUAUUUUCCACCGGCACAAUACCCUUUGCUCCCCUACUAUACCGCACCCCUUGUGUUUGGAAAUCCAUCGUCAGAUGACGCCAAUGUUAACGCGACGACGAUACCAUCCCGACCUGUGGUAUCCUCGCCGGAUACUGUCUGAACUAGUAUUGAUCCGAACUACUUAACCGAGCGUGAGCUUGGCGGAGAAAAAAGUGCAAUCGAAAGUUGUUCCACUUGGUUGUAACAGGAAACGAUGAUUUUCGUACGAUACCACCGUGGUACAUUGCCAUAGGUUCUGUUAACCCUUUCACCUCGAAUGACGUACAUAUACGCUCUUAUAGGACCGAAAGGGGUACAUUACUCGAUUCAACACAGUUUUUGAUUUAUCAAACCAACGCAACGUAGGAUAAAUUGUCAUCUUAUAUUUAAUUAUAAUGAUACGCUUUCAGUACUGAUGGAUUUUGAUCAGAAUGUACUGCAGCCAAAGGGUUGAAAUUUUUCAUUAGACUCAUAAGCGUAAGGAUAUGAACAUAAGUUACCGGAAACGUACGAGGCAGAUGUUUUAUGUACAUAAACUGCGAGACUAUAAUAAAUAGAGCUUUAAGAAACUGACUUUCAUGUCCCUGUGAAUUUGCUGCACGCGGUGGAUGUUCAGUAAAAAGUGUUUUAUUAUAGUUAGAAAGAAAAUCGAACAGAAUUUCGAAACGAAAAGAAAUCGAACAGUCGUUUAGGAAUUGAAAUUAUUUAUUCAUUUGUAACUGGUAAUUAAGCAAUACAAUCAAAUAAAUUAAAAAUUGGAGAUACUACAAAUGUUGCUUUGCAAAACAUAAAUUGGAUGUG